ACUUCGGUGGGCAGGAGAGGCAGGUUCUCUCACUCUUCGUCGACGCUCUGUCACGUUUACCCGCCUUUCGUUUUCCUCAGAGGGCUUUCCUUUCUGUCUUUCUUAGUUUCUUGUAAUUUAAUGUAACUCCUUUUGCCAACUCUCUCAUUAUUUCACUUCGCUCUCUCCCUAUCUCUUCGAAUUACCAAAGAAAUUGUUGGAGGAACGUUUACAAGAAUUAUUUGGUUUAUAAGUGAAGGAAGAAAUACAUACUGAUCUACUGUAUACAGCGGGAAGAAAAUAUUUUUUUGAAGUUUACGUGACAGAACUUUACAAGAAUGGAAUUUGCGCACAUCUUGGCAGUGUUCCUCCUCUGUGGGGUUGUGGUCUCAGGAAGCGAGAGCCCCGUAUGUCCUCUCCCGACACCUGGUCAGUGCGCGACGACAGCGAAUUCUACAGAAAAGGUAUGGCGCGUGUUUAGUUUGCAGCCCACCUUGAAGAAACUGGUGAGCCACUACUCCCCCUUCAAGGUGUGGCAGAGGCAGACCCAGCAGAAGCAGCAGUUGGGCUACCAGGAGGUUCAGUACACGCAACCGAAGACUACAGAGACCAAGUACUACAAGCCAAAGGAGUAUGGCCCUCACUUCUUCAAACCUCAGUACCAACCUGUCUCUUACGCCGACGAUAGUUUUUGAUGUGUGUGAUUCUAUUUGUUAUUUUUAAAGCGAUGUCAAGAAAGGUAUAUUUUAAUUCACUUUAGGCGCCAGGUUUUAAUGAAGUCUUUUAAUAAAGAUGACAAAUAAAA